UGUACAAUCAGAGUGUUACCGACACGGAGACUGAACAACGCGAAGAUCAUUGAUUGGUAGAAAAAAAAAGACACAUUAUUUCAGGAAUAUAUAAUAAUUUAGUGUUUUAAACAUCAAUUUGGGAGCGGAAAUUAAAAACUUCAACUAAGGACAGUCAACGGAACAUCAUGUAUCUUUACACAAUAGGAUUAUUGUUUGUGUUCAUGGCUUUUGAAUGUCAUGCGUCUCAUUUUCGUGGGGCAUAUAUAACUUAUGAACCAGGACCAAAUCCAGGAGAGAUUCGAGUGUCGUAUCGUGUAUCGUGGCGAAGGGACAGUAAACCUCACAAUGAUUGUACACAAACGGCGAUCGAUUCCAGGAAAAAACUUUGGGGUGAAUCGUAUUUAGAAUGCGACUCCUGUGUUGGCCCCAAAAUUCGAUUGGGGUACCAAUGUACAGAUUUGAGUUUAGAGGAAAACUGGGUGACGGGUAUUGGUACCCAUACGUUUAAAUUAAAGGAAGGCAUGGACAAAUCAUUCCAAAUGAGGUUUGUCGAUUGCUGUUGGAUUGAACUUGAGAACUUCGGCGAGUCAAUUGGCUGGUCAAUAGUACCCCGUAUUAAUCUUAAUCCGCGACCAGACAACGGUUUACUCAACUCAUCACCCGUCACCUCUAUGUUACCAAUCAUACGAAUCCCGAAGGGCUGUAACAGGAAAAUUACCGUCCCAGUAACUGAUCCUGAUGAGGACGAGGUUCGCUGCAGAUGGCCAAAGGCUGACCUGGGCGAAUGUGUACCAGAAAGAGGCAGACGACCAGAGAAGGUAGCUUGUAACCAACCCGCCAGUUUCAGUCUCGAUGAGAUGAAGUGUAAGCUUAGUUUUGAUGCAUCGGGUGAUAUUGGAUGGUAUGCUGCUGCUGUGAUGAUUGAAGACUUCGCAGUUGAUUACCCAGAUGAUGCACUCAGCUCUGUCCCUCUACAGUUUCUUGUAGACGUGUUCGAUUCAGAAUCCAAUUGCGAUGUCUUUCCUGUUUUCGUCGAGCCUAGUGCCCUCAGUGCUUGUUACGUUGUACCGGUUGGAGAGACUUUCAGUACCCAACUUAUCGCCCGCAGCAGUAGUCCAGAUAUUAGUAUUACGGAGAUCCAGACUAUCUCUCCAGUUGGAAUGAAGAAAUCACCUUUAAUGAAACUACCCGGUUCAAGAACGGAUUACUUUGUUAAUAUCACGUGGACACCGACAGCUGACCAGGUUGGGGAGAAAAUUCUAUGCUACUACGCCAAAGACAGCAAGAAGAUGGCAAGCGACCAGACGUGUAUGUCUCUAGUAAUUAUAAGAGAAAUGGUGGAAAUAAAGCCAAUGUUAUCUGACCCUUCACCAGAGGCUACCAUCUCAGCUAGAAAAAGUGAAAUUACGAUACGCUUUAGCAAGGAUAUAUCAAGGGAUACAGCUCCAGCUGCCGUGAAAAUUGUCAAGCGCUCGGGAAAAUUCCUGUUGGAGGUUGAACCAGCAACAUCUGAUCUCGUGACAUUCCCAACUGACGAUCCAAAAGCGAUGGUCAUUUCAACAGAGGGCGUAGAGUUCAGAGGAGAAAAGAAAUACUUUCUUCAAGUGUUUCCAACUGCAAGUCGCUACAGCAGAAUAAACAGCAAAUGCGUAUCCGUUGGUACUUGGUCUUGGAUGUUUAACACAGCAUCUGAACAUUGUAAUUCGAGUCCGUGUGAAAAUGAAGGCCUCUGUGUAGAAUUGGAAAAAGGAUAUGAGUGUGAAUGUAUACCUGGUUACCAGGGAAAGCACUGCGAAGAAGAUAUUAAUGAAUGUUCUGCUUUACCAUGCCUUAACGGAGGGACAUGUCAUGAAGGCGUUGGCACAUUCUCCUGCUCUUGCUUACAAGGGUUCACCGGUAACACUUGUGAAAAAGAGAAUGACGAAUGCUGGUCACUUCCUUGUCAAAAUGGUGCCAGUUGUAUUGACAAAGUCGACAGCUUCGAAUGUCAGUGUGCCGAUGGAUACGUUGGGACACUCUGCGAAUCAGAAUUGAACGAAUGCUCUUCAAACCCUUGUGGAGUUGGCGGUUACUGUGUUGAUCUUCCCGGGGCGUUUAUGUGCUUUUGUAACUCGGGUUACGAGGGCAAAUUUUGUGAAAUCGAUACUGAUGAAUGUGCGUCUGAACCGUGUGAAAAUGGAGCCACUUGUGUAGAUAAACCGGAUUAUUUCCAAUGUAUUUGUGCGCCUGGAUUCAGCGGUUACUAUUGUGAAACAAACAUAAACGAAUGCGACUCUUCUCCUUGCGCAAAUGGGGGUUUUUGCAUUGACCAGGCUGAUGGGUUUGUCUGUGAGUGUGCCCGUGGGUAUGCCCAGCCUAACUGCAAAACAGAAAUUAACGAAUGUGAAUCAGAUCCUUGUCAGAACGGUGGAGAGUGCGUCGACAAAAUGAAUUCUUUCAAAUGUAAAUGCAAAGAAGGCUACAAGGGAAAGCUUUGUCAGAAUGAUCGGAAUGAAUGCUACAACUUACCGUGCAAAAAUGGUGGAACAUGCGUGAACACUUUUGGAAGCUAUGAUUGUAUAUGUGAAACCGGUUUCAUAGGCAAGAACUGCGCUGCAAAUGAAGAUGACUGUUUGUCAACCCCUUGCAUGAACGGUGCAACGUGUAUUGAUAAGGUUGGCGGGGUGACUUGCAAAUGUCCCUCAGGUUACGAGGGAGAGUUCUGCGAAUCAGAUAUUAACGAAUGCUUUGGAAACCCAUGCAAGCACGGAGGAACGUGUACUGACAAGAUCGAUGGCUUCGCCUGUUCUUGUAUCAAGGGCUACACCGGAAAUGUAUGCGAGACAGAUAUCGAUGAAUGCAUGUCGGAUCCAUGUCAAAAUGGGGGUGUUUGCGUCGACCGCGUCAACUCGUAUGCUUGUGUCUGCGCACCAGGUUUCGAAGGAUUCAAUUGUGAUAUUGAUCGUGAUGAAUGUUUGUCUAAUCCAUGUCUGAAUGAAGGAGAAUGCAAAGAUAGAGCAAACGGAUAUGACUGCAUAUGUCCCUACUACCGCACUGGACAGCACUGUGAAUCUUAUGUGAUCACAGGAUGGGACGAUGUAAUGGCCGCAGAACUGCAACAACCUGAAAUGAUAAUGAUAUCUCCUCCUAGCGGUGAGGUUCAUGCUGCCGAAGCUGUCUGCAUGGAGACAUACAUGAUUGUUUACAUUGCAAAGAAGUUCUUCGGUGAUAUAAAAGCUGAAGAAAUAACUCUUACGGACAGAAAUUGCGUUGGAGCGCGUCACAACGCAACGCACUUUAGCAUUGGAGCUGCAUACGGAAAGUGUGGCACUGUAGCCGAUGAAAAGGGAUCGCAUGUUAUAUUCAGAAAUGAGAUCAAAUUUCCCCACGACAGUGAAUUAAACGACAACGGAAUCUCAUUACCGGAUGCCAUUCACGUUGAGUGCAUCAUGGGAAGCAAUGCAGACGUCUCAAUCAACUACAUUCCUCAAAUAGAUAAUGUGAUUGUUGAUGAGAAGGGUUACGGGAACUUAGAAUUCGGGUUAAACAUGUAUCGUGAUUCAUCGUACCGUUACACUAAAGACGAAUUUCCCGCCGAUAUAGCCAUGGAGGACCGUAUAUAUUUCGGCACGCGUCUUUACUCCCGACCAGAGCUACAACUGUUUAUCGAAAGCUGUAUAGCGUCCCCAUCGUCGAUUCGUCAAGCGGCAGACUCAGCGUAUACUUUCAUCGAAAAUGGAUGUAGUCUUGAUCCAACCUUAACAUUUCACACAUCACCUUCAACGACGGAGGUUCGUUUUUCUAUCGAAGCGCUAUCGUUCGUCGACUUUGAUGUUGAACCUAUGGUUUAUAUUCACUGCCAAGUGAAGCUAUGUGACAUGAAAAAUGUUAGUAGUGAGUGCAUAGCCGACUGUUCACGCCAAGAAAAAACCGGACCUAAAAUUCAUAAACGGUCAACAGAGCUCAAUAAAGAUAGAACAUUAACGUCACAAGGCGGCAUUAGAAUCAGGAGAAAUAGUGAAGGUACGAAUUUUAAAGAAUCAAGGAGCAUCGUUGUUCUGAGUCUCUCUCUUACAAUUGUGUUUCUACUCGCUGUCAUCAUUGGCUUGCUUAUCGUUGGUAAUUAUUCCAUAAGUAAGUCAAGAAAAAGUAAUGCAUGCGACCAAUCUUGAAACCUAAAUGCAGAUGAAUGGCGGAAAUGUAUUAUGUGUUCAUCCAGAAGGGAUGUUAUUGAAGAAGUAUGAUGAAUGAUGCAAUGCUGUUUUAUAUGUAGUUAUUUAUAUGUGUAAAAUUUUCUGAAUCCCAAAGGGAAAAAAAGAUAGACUUUUGAGGUAUAUAAACAAAUACGCAAAGUUCAUACCAAUGAGGGUAAUGACGUUAAUGACUAUUGUUGUAAUUGUAGGUUUUAAUUGUGCCACAAAUCGUUCAUUAUACCAACACGCGUUAUUUUACAAUUUAAUGCAAACGAAUAAAUACUAUAUGCUCUACAAUUUUUGUAAUGUUCAUAUGACAUCAAUCAAAGGUACCGGUACAUGUCCUAUCACCUUAAUUGUAAAUUCUACCGGGCGUAUAACGCCUUAUUGGUGGACCGGACGAUAUUAUAGGACUAAUACGCAAGUUUAUCUGUAAUUGUCAACAUAUUUCAUGAUUUAAAGAAAAAAAUACUUUCUUUAUAUAAAUUAUCAGUUUAGCUUUGAUAAACUCAAAAUAUCUUUUUUUAAUAAUUUUGUAUAAUAAUUAAGGUGUAAUUAAAAGUAUGUUUCUGAAAUUUAAGUCGUUGGAUGUUAGUGCUAAAUAUUGUGUUUUAUAUAUUUUUUUGAAUACCAUUUAAAGGAGAUAAUAAUAGUAUACCGUACUAAAAUGUUCUACUAAGCAUACGCCCAUUGCGUAUGCUCAGUAGAUUAUUUUAAUAAGCAUGCGCAGAAUUGUUUAUAUUAUUUUUAAAGUGGACAUAAACCGCAUUGUCGUAUCACUGGCUUAAACCGCAAGCAAAACAGAAGUUAUGAUCUCGGGGGAGGGUUGGUUAGAACAACUAAUUUAGCCAUUCUAAUAAUUUAACAAAAAAAAAAUCGCAUUCGGUUGGAAAUGAUUGACCCAGCAGGUGCCUGUCCGUCACAGGUAUCGAGUGUAAGUCAAUCACUUUAAAUGGAUUUGGUUAAGUGUACAGUUGUUUAAAAGCAUACUAUUUUAUAAUUAUACUUAGGCCUAAUAAAUAACAAAUAUAUUGAUAUUUUAUUCUCGUAAUUUGGAAUAAGAAUUAUGUAUUCAUUAUCAAUUAUAUACUCCAUGUUGUUAAUUAUGUUCUUGUACAGUAGCUGAAAGAUGUACAUAUUAGGAACAGUGCCCGAGGAUAUUAAGUUUUGAUUUUUGAUUAAAAAGUGAAAUGGUGGCCAUGCACAUACGGAGUGAAUUGAGCUAGCAGGUCAACUUAGUACAUGUUAUAGUUCGCAAUGAGUGGGACUACUGGAAAAUUAAUAAUUUAGUUACAAGUACAAAGGGGCUUAAAUUCAAUGAACUUCAGUUCAAAGAAUGUAUGUAAUUCUUUGCGUUUUUGUAUAUAAAAAUUAUAAAGAUUAUAUUAUAUAUUGAAAGUAUGUUUAACACAGUUUGUUACACGGUGGGUACAAAUAUAUCUCCCAGUUUAAUUAACACUUUAACUACAUUAUAACAUUUUAUCGUAUGUGACUCAUGUCACAUACAUUUAUGCAUUUACCUCAAACAAAGCAUUUGAAGCCAGUAGGUUACAAUAAUAAACGAUUACAGUUGCAUUAAGCUUGAAUAGGAAUGGAAUUGAUAUAAAGCUUUGGAAAAAAAUGUAAUUACAGAAGUUAGACAACAAAAUAGGAAAACGGAAAAUUCACGGUAAAAAAUAGAUGGAGGUUUUCGCAAGGAAAUGUUUACGCAUAGGCCUUCUUUCUGUUAGCAGAUCACAGAAAUUGUAUCGUAAACCUUAGAGAAUGAAUAUGUUUGACUUAUUUGCGUUUCGCACGUGUGUUGUAGAGUUUGAUGUGCAUCAUGUUCGUACGCGUAAUGUAGAGUUUUUGUUAGGAUUUGACGUUAAUCGUUUAUGUAAAUCGUAACGUAUCCGGUGCGCCGUCUCAUCUUGUCUGUAAAACUUUCCCUUGAUGGUGAUACAGUAUUGUUGAUGAUGAUGCUGUUGAUAAUAAUAAUAAUGAUGUUGAUAAUGAUAUUGGUGUUGAGGAUAUUAAUACUGAAGAGGAUCUCUGCUGACACAAAACUUUUAUGUGAUGUUGAGGAUAUUGAUGAUUAUGGCUGUGUUAAUUACCGAUUAUAGUUGUAUAUGUGUCAUUUUAGUCAUAGACCUAUAUAUAGGUCUAUAUAAUCGAAACAGUUAUUUAAUGAACGACUGUAGAGCACGUUGUUGAUAUGGGGAGGGAUAAAAGAAAUCAGGAGAUUGCUUAAAUGAUGUAUAACCCAAGAUGUGUUUCCUUAAUUAAGUGAAGCUAAAAUGACAUCGGCUUAUGAUAAAAUAUGAAGGUUUGAUCGACAGUUGGCAUAUAAAUAAAAUCAUUGUGAAAAUAUUAUGAUGAUAUUAAUUGGAUUGUUUUUUUUUUGUUUUUUUUUGUAAGUUGCAAUAUCAUCCAAAAACGUUAGUAGGGGAAGAAUCACGUUGAUGCGAGUGGGAAAUUAUGCGAAGUCCCUGCCCCCACGUCUAAGUCCCUGCUCUCUGUUAUAUUCGCUAGAGUGCAAUUUAGGCCGCUAGGAACCGGUCGUCAAGAAAGAAUGCUAAACUUUUAAUUACUUUACAAUAUUUAUUUUGGUAUACACAUGAUGUAUUAAAAAAUAUUACAAAGGCUAGAAACAUUCUAUGAACAACAAUAUGGAUUUGUAUUCUUAUAAUUGAAACGAUAAAAUCAAGGCUUAUAAUUCCUCAUACUGUAUUAUUAAUAUUGUUAAAUAAUAUGUUAAGUGUUUUGUAUAGCAUGUGUUAUAUGAUCGAAUAAAGUCAAUGAUGUGAUUAUAUAA